UGCCGUAAAUUUACGAUCUCUGGCUGGUCUCGAUUUUUGGCAUAACAAAAUUUAAAAUAAAUUUUUGAAUUAUUUUUCUGAAUUAUUUUUUAUUAACAAAAUUCCUAAUAAUCUUAAUGAAAUGUCCGACGAUUAUAACCCAUUCAUAGAUCAGUCAAAUGAUGAUAGUUGUAACCCUUUUGACGAUCAAGAACAAGACGAAGACUUAUACGCUAAUAAAUCUGAAAAAUCAACUAAAUCGUCAACACAGGUUUCAGAUGAAAAUGAACAAAAUAUUGCUCGUCUUACAUACACCUCUCUUGAUGGACAGCAACAGGCUAACACAAUCAUGAGAUCAUUAUCAAUUGACGAAGAUAUUCUUGAUGUCAGCUCUAUUAGCUCUGAUUCUCAAGACCUUAUUGUUAGGGUUGAUAAACCCGAGAAGCAUACUGAAGGCUAUGUUAGCUAUUGUGUUACUUCUAAGUCAACAAGACAAGAAUAUGAAGCUGGAGAGUAUCAAGUUCGUCGUCGAUAUCAAGAUUUUUUAUGGCUCCGUCAAAAACUUUUUGAAUGUCAUCCAACGCAUAUUAUCCCACCUCUACCAGAAAAGUUUACUUUCAGCAAGCACAUUAAAGACAAGUUUGAUUCAGACUUUUUAAGGACUAGACAAAAGGCUCUGCACAAAUUUAUGAAUAGAGUUGCAUUCCAUCCUGUGAUAUCUUUUAAUGAAAAUGUAAAAACAUUUUUAACUGCAAAAGCUUGGGAAAUGACAACAGCACGUAAAAAUCAGUCUGGCACUGCAUCGCUUAUUGGUGGUAGUGUUCGCAACACAGCUGCUCAGUUUUUGAUGAAAAAUCGUAGUGAAGAGUUUUCCGAUGUAAUGAAGUACAAUGUGCAGUUCCAAGCAAAAAUUAAAACAUUUGCAAACAUUACUGAAAAUAUCGCUGAAGAGCAAUUUUAUAUGAUGGAUGAUUACUCGGAGUAUAGUUCUGCAUUUCAGUUGUGGGCUAACUCAGAAACACGAUUGGCUGAUACUUUGCAUGCUGUUUCUCAAAGUUUCGAAAAAAAUAAAGCAAGCCUUAAAAAUUUGCUUCGUACACAUGAGUCUCGUGUAUGUGAACCACUAAGGGAGUAUCUUUUGUAUUCUGAUGCUGUCAAGGAUGCAAUGAAACGGAGGGAUCAGUUUCAAAUUGAACAAGAGCUUUCCGCUGACGAAUUAAAUAAAAAACGUUUAGAAAAAGAGGAGCUCGAGUCUUCAAAUGCGAAAUCAAUAUCCGCGUUUUUUUCCAAAGAUCCUGAAAAAGCGCGAGAAGAAAAGAUAAGCAAACUAAAUCAACAAAUUAAAGAAUUGCUACUGGAAUCAGAUUUGCUUUCUGACAGACGCGAGAAAGCUGAUCACGAUUUUAAAGCAGAUUUAGAAAGAUGGGAAAAAACAAAAAAGCGUGACUUGAAAGAAUUAUUUUUAGACAUAGCUGAAAGGCAUAUAAAAUUUUACGAAGCAAAUACUGCUGCUUGGCAGGAAGCAUACGAAGCUAUAAGCAAGCCAUCUAAAACUCAUACUGUUGUUUAAUAUGCGACUUUUUUUUGUUAAAAAUUCAUUCUUAUUUAAAUUUGUAAUUUUUUGAAGCCUUAUUUUAUUAUAUAAUUAUUUUUUACUUAAAAAUUUUUUGUAUUAUUUUUUGGUUUUAACGUCAUUGUCUUAUGGUGUGUUUUUGACAAGUAUAUAUUGUAUUGAGUGAAUAUUUUCACCACAUCGUUAAUUGAUCGUGUUGUUAAACGUUACGUGCAGACCCUAUCAGAGUCUGUUGGGUUAUUUAGCCUGGGUUUCUAUUGUGUGGUUUGAUUGUUUAAAUAUUGAAUAGAAAAUCGUGAUUUUGGGGGCACCAACCUUAAAACUACUCAAUCUCGUGUAUGCUCUGAAAGGGUUUGUUUGGAUGUCUUUAUAAUUUUUGUUUAAAAAUUUCUUUUGUGUAAACAGACUGCACUUAAUAAAUACUUAAAAAAGAA